CAACUUCAUCAACUUGCGGGCAGAGACACGAGACGGUUUGCGGUGGACGGACGAACAAUAUGCAGAUGAGGAGCCCGCAUUGCAGCUCAAAGCAGCGUCAUUCCUAGAAGACAAGCACCUGACUCCCCUGCAGAGCCUGGAGCCAACCAGGGCCCAAUUAAGUCAGCCCUGUGGACUUCGUCCAAUCUGUUGUCGUCUGCACGAUUUUGCCAAUCUCCUCUUUGCAUUGCUGUGAUCAUUGUAGGAGGAAGACAGGAGGAGGGCUUAGGUGAUUGCAGGUCUGAGCACACAACGCGGUCAUCUUCCUCACAGAAUUACGGAAGCGCAGUUCGGAUAUGACAUGUGCAGAUGAUUCAGAAUCAUUCAGUUGAAGACUUUUGCAUAAGGCCCUAUGCUCUUUUCAAAAGGGUAUGAUUGACAUUCAACUUAAUUCGGUACGAAGUUUUUUAUAAUUAUGACCCAAACUCAAAUGUUUGCACGGGCAGCAGCAAGUAAUGAUUGGCGUUCGAAGACAUGGGUUCAGCAGGAGGACGGAAGGCAGACAAACAAACAGACUGUGGAAUUGACAGACUGGACGGAAGUGUGAUGAGCAGACAGAAGAGCAUGACGGAAACGAGACAGGUUCAGAGUCUGAUCCCUGGACAUAAGUACUGUAUGUGUGCGACGGAUCGAGAUUUGAUCAUACUUCAGUACGAGUACUUUACUUUGACGUUGCAGUCACGCAGAAGACGAGAAGCGUCCCAAGCGUCUAAUUGGGGCCGAAUCAAGUCUCUGGGCACGUGCCGAUCAGGGGUCGAGAAACGCACCAGCGGUCCCCAGACUCUCCCCUUCACUGACCAUCGCUUCAAGUCUGUGUAAUGGGACAAUUACCGGUAACGAAGCAAGCGCUCUGCAGUGCGUUUAUUUACUCGAUCGCUCGUUGGAGUCUGCAAUUUGACGAAGUCUACAGACAGACACGCUAAUGCACGGAGACUGGCACCGUUUCGCUGCUGCUUCUGCUGCUGCUGCUGAUGGGGGGCAAGUGAACGCCUCGCGAAUGCUCGAUUUGCAUUGUUUUUUCAACUGAUUUCAACUGAGACCUUGGGCCACAGGCACGUGGAGACGAGGUCACUUGCCGAAUCAGAAGGAGAAUGCAGCAGGCCUCACACACUCCCUCGCAUUAAGUCUGAGCUCGGAGUCCAUUGCCGUGUCGUGAAAUUCGUACGUGUACAGGUUUCUCACACAAUCCGCUCUGUUGCUGUCCGGGAUGCGGUUGUGUCUGCUCGCUUGGACGUAGUUCUUCUUCCCACUUGUAAGAACCGUGGUCGACCGCAUUACGCAGUUGCCAGUAGAAAGAAACCUGCUGCAGCAUGGGAAGAGCUUAAAGGGCCAUCUAGUAACACAGCAACGAGGACGGGAAGACCCCGUCGAGAGUUAAAUGAGAUGAACACGAAUGUGUAACACGUGGUUAGUUCCCAAUCUCGCUACAAUGGAAUUAUAUUUUCCAUCGCGGUUCUUUCAUAUUAAGCGUCCGAAAUUCCGUGUGAUUUCCAUAUGGAAUCGAUCUGGUUAAAUGAUGGAUUUCUCAUGAAUGC